AUUAAUUUCUAGAAAUAAUAUAUUUUCUAUACUUCAGGUUUUAAACUUAAUUUUAACAUGCAAUGAAGAAUUUAGUUGAUUCUUUUUUUCUUUUCUUUUUUAUUACUCUAUUUCUAAGCUUAACAAUACAGAGUUAAUUUAGCUAGUUCAUUUUCACUCUAUUUUAAAGAUUUAAUCGAAUGUUAAAAAAAAUUUCACGGUGAAUGACUCUUUUUUCUGCGGAGACCAAAGCACCGCCUACCGGGCAGGUUAUAUCGAGGCACAGCCAAUGAAAACGAACACCUCCAAAUCACCCAGUAAAAAGUGCGCAAUCUCCAAAAUAUUUUAACUAGUUUGCAGUGUGUUUUUGGAAUUUUAUGUAAGAGACUGUUGAUUUGAUCGGAAGUGAAAAAAGGCACCUUAUUCCGCAAGCAAAAUGGAUUUAACGUAUCGGACGGAGAGAAAAGUGGAGUCGCUGGUUUCUAAACUUUCGCAGAAAGCCAAUGCAUUUUCCAUAGACUCUUUGUUGGCACAAAAAGACCCGAAAGAAAUGGAUGUUAAAGUGUGCGAAGGACUCAUUUCAGCAUCAGAACAACCCGGAACAUCUAACCCAAAACAUGCCGAUUUACCACCAGAUGAUAUGAAUGAUAGUGAUCUACACUGUACAUCAUUUGAAGCCAAGCACCCCAGUCCGCCCGCGUCCCCCCGGAGUUCGGACAGUGGGUCUCCGAUCACGGCCAUUGACCACUACACAGGAGAUAGUUCCGAACUAGCAGAUGUUAGAUGUCGUUUGGAAUCUAGAGACCUGUGGAAAAGGUUCCAUGAACUGGGCACAGAAAUGAUCAUCACCAAAUCCGGAAGACGUAUGUUCCCCACCCUGCGCGUGUCCUUCAGCGGGCUGGAGAGUGACCAAGAGUAUAUUGUAGCGAUGGACAUCGUCCCUGUGGACAACAAGCGCUACAGGUACGCUUACCACAGGUCAGCGUGGCUCGUGGCGGGAAAAGCUGAUCCUCCCCUCCCCUCCCAUGUCUACGUCCACCCAGACUCCAUUUUCACUGGGUCACAACUCCAGAAGCAGACGAUAUCUUUUGAGAAAUUGAAACUGACCAAUAACGGAGUAGACAAAGUCGGACAUAUUAUUCUGAAUUCCAUGCACAAAUAUCAACCUCGAAUUCACAUCGUCAGGAAAACAUCGCUGACACCCAAUCCUUUAACAUCGUUGAAAAUGACGGAUCACAAAACAUUUGUCUUCCCUGAGACUGGUUUCAUUGCUGUCACCGCCUACCAAAACCAACUGAUUACGAAAUUGAAAAUAGACAGUAAUCCUUUUGCUAAAGGUUUUCGAGAUUCCAGCCGCUUGACGGACAUUGAAAGGGAAACGAUGGAAAGUCUUCUUAAAGGCCAAUCUAACGCUACCUUGGGGACAUUCAAUGAACAGCUGAACGAACAAAGGCAAACGAUAUUUCAAAGUCUAGGAGAUUCUGAACUUGCUCUUUCACUGUUGCAUGGAGCCAAUUUGGUGGCAGGAUCCGCUCCCACGAGUCAGUCCCUAGGGAACAUGACCAACAGGAGAUUAUCACUUCCACUUUCACCUCUCUAUUACGGAGCAUUACCUAAUCAGGAAGUCUUACGUCAUCAACUGUUCACCCCUCCGACGUCAUCCCCUCUUCUAUCGGCACACAGAUACCAUCCCUAUCUGAAAUAAUAGAGUCAUUACAUUUGGUGUAAAAGUCUAUGUGUUGUGUGAAGUUCGGACGGCUAGAUGGGAAUGCAAAUGACACUUAUAUCAGACUGUGGUGCUGGACAUUUCCACGUAACAUGAUUAUUAUGUAAAUACAUGUACAAAGUUCAUUGGUUGAUAUUCUAGUCACAUGGUUCUCUUUGAAAGCUAUGAAAAUAAAAUAACAAGUUGCAUGAA